AUGUGUCCCAUGAUUCUCAAUCGCCUAUCCGACGGUCCCGCCAUGUCUCUGCUCGACACCCCCGGGAGCUUCUCUAGCUACCCGGCGCACCCAGGCUCGGCCUUCGCGGGAAAAGGCUCAUUCCAGCCGGCUCUGAGCUCCAGCUUGUCAGAGACUCCUGCUCCCCCUAAGCCAUCUCGCAAGAGGUCGCGUGAUGAGGCGGCGUUCGAAGAAAUCCUCGCUGCCCCGGCGCGGCCGGAAGCGCAACCAGCUCCCGCUCCCAAGGAAGAGCCCAUCUACGGCGAGGGCAUGGUCCUUCUGAACCCACAAACUGGCAUGGCCAUUUCUGCUGAAAGCCAGACCGGCACUUGGUACGAAGAAACGGCCGAGUCGCAACAGGUGGCCGCGGCCCCAGUCUCGUCGCGGUCGAUUGCGUUGCACACUGAUGCUGCCGACCUCAGCCGCAAGGCUCAACGGCUCGACACCUCCGCGCCGGGCCUCGACGACAUUGCGCUCUCUUCGAUCAACCAGCGCUUAAAUGGCCCCGACAUGGCUGAUCAGCACCGCAGCCUCAGCGGAGGAUCCACACCACCCGCCGAGCCACUCAUCGACGAUGCCACCCGCCUCCUGGGCAUCAGCUGGCAACGCCUUGACACCGACAAUGACAUGGCCCCUGCCGUCCGUGGCUGGACCAAGUAUAUUGACAACCAAUACGCCGCCCACCUGCGUGGCUCGCAGAUGCUCAUGAAAAGCCGUGCUCUGAACGCCUAUCUCGUCGCCGCGACUCCUGUCUCCGCCUUCUCGCCCGCUUUCUACCUCUUCAACGAAGACCUCACGCAAGCCCAACUGGUGGCUUCUUCUUGGGAGACUUGCCUGCAUAACCUGCGCUGCACCCCUCUCGUGUUCGAGGGUGCCACUCCUCUUGCCGCUGCCAGCCGCCCACAGCCCGCGGCUAAUCCCUUCAGCACCAUCGUCGAACCUGGUGUCCCUCUCCUGCAGCAGGCUCUCUCCUCGCACUCCCAUUCACCCAUCACCGGCAUAGAUACGGGAGUGGAGCUGAACGGAGGCGUCGGAAUGGGGAUGGAGAUCGACUCAUAA